UUUUUUUUUCCAACUUAUGCAUCAAUUUUCACUUACAUACAAAGCAAAAGUGAAUAAAUAAUUAAAUAAAGAGGAGAGGGCCUUUAAGCAAAGUGUUCUCAAUGAGUCGUCUCCUCCAACAGUCCAACUUUGGCUCAGCCCAUCAUGACUGAGAAUGAGAACAACAUUCAUGGCGGAAGCUCAUUUCUCAUUCCCAGGACCCUUUAUUUCCCUAAAUUCACAAUACCCAUUUCACAUUUACCUCAGUUAUCUAUACUUUUGCUCUUGUUUACUCUCUCUUCUUCUUCAUCAUCAUCGAGUGUUCCAGUUCCACCCCCACUCCCAGUUCUCCCCAUUCCCUCAGCUUCUCAGCUUCAAUGGCAGCUCAGCAACAUGGCCCUCUUCCUCCAUUUCGGUCCUAACACCUUCACAGACACCGAGUGGGGAACCGGCCACGCCGAUCCCUCCAUCUUCAACCCAACACUCCUCAACGCCACUCAGUGGGUCCACGUCGCCAAGGACUCAGGGUUUCCUCGGGUAAUUCUUACAGCCAAACACCACGAUGGAUUUUGCUUGUGGCCAUCUGACUACACCAAUUACUCGGUCAGUUCCAGCCCCUGGAGAAACGGCACCGGCGAUGUCGUCGGCGAGUUGGCAUCCGCCGCCAGGGAAGCUGGGAUCGAUUUGGGGUUGUACCUUUCACCUUGGGAUCGCCAUGAUAAGGCUUAUGGGAAGACUGUUGAGUACAAUGAGUUGUAUCUUGGUCAAAUGACUGAACUCCUCACCAGGUAUGGAGAUAUCAAGGAAGUAUGGCUUGAUGGUGCAAAGGGAGAAGGGGAGAAAUCUAUGGAGUAUUUCUUUGAUGAUUGGUUCAGUGUAAUUCAUCAGCACCAGCCAGGAUCUAUGAUAUUUUCAGAUGCUGGUCCUGACACCAGGUGGAUUGGGGAUGAGGCUGGUGUUGCAGACUCUACUUGUUGGUCUCUUUUCAACUGCAGUAACGCCAAGAUCGGUGCCACUGAUCCUCAAUAUUCGAGAGGCGGAGACCCAGAUGGACAUGAUUGGGUGCCAGCCGAGUGUGAUGUCUCAAUUAGGCCUGGAUGGUUUUGGCAUGCAUCAGAAGUUCCAAAAUCUGCUUUGACUCUUCUUGACAUAUACUACAAAUCAGCUGGAAGAAACUGUCUUUUGUUGCUAAAUGUGCCUCCAAACUCCUCAGGUCUAAUUUCACCUGAAGAUAUAAAAGUGCUUCAAGAGUUUAGUGAGCUCAGAGUGUCAAUAUUCUCCCAUAACAUAGCUACAGAUGCUCUACUUUCUGCCAGCAGUACAAGAGGAUCGCGUUUCAACGCUUAUAAUGUCGUUGAAGAAGGUAUCUACACAUAUUGGGCACCAGCACCAGCACCUAAGAAGAAUCAGUCAGAUUGGUCUUUGUCUAUAGACUUUAAAGAACCAGUGUCCUUCAAUGUUUUACGAAUUCAGGAGCCAAUUCAAAUGGGGCAGCGGAUUGUCGAGUUUCACCUUGAGAUAUUUGAUGCAGAUGAGGGGUGGAAGGAGGUAGCAAAUGGCACCACAGUGGGAUAUCAGAGGCUGUUGCAAUUUCCUACUGUAAAAUCUCAGCAUUUGAGAUUUGUCAUUGACAAGUCCAGAGAAGAUCCACUGAUUUCGUACUUGGGAAUUUAUAUGGAUCGGUAUUCAUACCCGAGCAACCAUGUAUUCAAUCCACAAGGAAGACACUACAAGAACACCACUGCAUGUAUUCAACCUAUUGUUGUCAACGCUUCUCAUGCCACAAUGUAAAUUUUUAUAGAUACGUUGUUAAUGUCCAUUAACUUUUCUUAAAAGUAUAUUUUUAAAUGGUAUGUUUGUUUACAUUAUUAAUAUUAUCUUUGGUGGUGAUAAGUAAUGAUAGUUAUGAAAAUUCUUCUGA